AUGAACGUGAGGGUUCAGAUGGACUCUGGGAAGAUCUUCCUGGGGUUAGCAGGAGGGACAGGGAUGAGGCACUGCCUCCUGCCAGGAUCUCUGGUGUGUCUGUGGGAGCGUUGCAACCCCCCAUCCUCCCUUCUCCCCCAGGUCUCCAGCAGCUGUGACUACGUCUUUGUCAGCGGGAAGGAGUCGCGGGGCUCCAUGAGUGCCCGGGUCACCUUCACCUACGAGCACCUCUCUGCCCCGCUGGAGAUGACGGUGUGGGUGCCCAAACUGCCACUGCACAUCGAGCUCUCGGACGCCCGGCUGAGCCAAGUGAAGGGCUGGAGGGUGCCCAUCCUGCCGGACAGGAGGUCAGUGCGGGACAGCGAGCACGAGGAGGAUGAAGAGGAGCGGAAGCAGAGCCGGGGCUGUGCCCUGCAGUACCAGCACGCCACGCUGCAGGUCUUCACCCAGUUCCACACCACAGCAGCGGAGGGCACGGGGCAGGUGGUCACCAUGCUGGGGCCCGACUGGCUGGUGGAGGUCACCGACCUGGUCAGCGACUUCAUGCGCGUGGAUGACCCGCGGGUGGCUCACAUGGUGGACAGUUUCACGCUGGCCGGGAGGGAGCCGGGCACCACGCUCUUCAAGGUAGUCUCCCCGCUCAUGGAGGCAGUGCUGGGCGAGACACUGGUGACAGUGGCGGAGGAGAAGGUCAGCAUCACGGACCUGAAGGCCCAGGUGGUCUCCAGCCUCUCGCUCCUCCACCCCAGCCCCGGCAAUAGCCACACCAUCAUUGCCCGGACGUCCGUGCAGCAGACCCUCAGCUUCUUCAAGCAGGAAGCGCUCCUGAGCCUGUGGAUUUCCUACAGCGAUGGCACCACAGCCCCCCUCUCCCUCUAUGACCCCAAGGACUACAACCUGGUGGUGAGCAGCCUGGAUGAGAAGGUGGUCUCGGUGACCCAGGACCGGGCAUUCCCCUUGGUGGUGGCAGAGAGCGAGGGCGCAGGGGAGCUGCUGCGGGCCGAGCUGGUCAUCUGCGAGAGCUGCCAGAAGACCAAGCGCAAGAGUGUGCUCUUCACAGCCUUGGCCAGCGUGCGGGUCCACUUUGGGUCUGAGGAGGACCCGACCUAUGACUACGACCAUGUGUCCAGCAAGCCAGGGCUGGCAGAGACGGGGGCGAGCACCACCCUGCGGGCAGAGGUGGAGAGGAAAGCAGAGCCGAGCGAGGACAGUAGGAUGUCCAGUGCGUCUCACCCCACCGAGGACUUCCCCACCAUCCCCACUGGCUUCGUCCAAGUGACCAGGGGCCUGACGGACCUGGAGAUAGGCAUGUAUGCCCUCCUGGGCGUCUUCUGUCUGGCCAUCUUGGUCUUCCUCAUCAACUGCAUUGUCUUUGUGCUGAAAUACCGGCACAAACGCAUCCCACCUGAAGGCCAGACCAACAUGGACCAUUCCCACCACUGGGUCUUCUUGGGCAAUGGGCAGCCCUUGCGGGCUCACAAUGACCUCUCCCCCCAGCCCGAGAGCCCCGGGAACCCCCUGGAAAAUGUCCAGACCUGCUGCCAUGGGGACCACCACAGCAGCGGGAGCUCGCAGACCAGCGUGCAGAGCCAGGUCCAUGGUCGCGGGGACGGUUCCUCGGGGGGCUCCACGCGGGAUCAGAGCGAGGACCCACUCAACUCUCCCACCUCCAAACGGAAGCGGGUGAAGUUCACCACCUUCGCCACGCUGCCCUCCGAUGAGCUGGCCUACAACUCCAUCCCCAUCGCUGAUGAGGAGGACUUGGAGUGGGUCUGCCAGGACAUGGGGCUGCAAGACCCUGAAGAGCUUCACAACUACAUCCGCAGAAUCAAAGAGAUCGCUUAA